UGGCCACCGCAGACCCCGCCCCGCCCUCCGCGCUGUCCCCGCUGCCGCUCCGGGACGCGGCAGCAGCGCUGGCGCCAUGGUGAAGAUCGCCUUCAACUCGCCCUUCGCCCUCAAGGAUGAGCCCAAAAAGGAGGCGGCCGAGGCGCUUGUGGCCGACAAGGACCCAGAAGUUGCCACACACAGGGGUGAAAACUCAUCUGGAAGAUGUCUCUUGACUCUGCUGGGCCUGGCCUUCAUCUUGGCAGGGGUUGUUGUGGGUGGAGCCUGCAUCUACAAGUACUUCAUGCCAAAGCACAAGGUGUACCGUGGGGAGAUGUGCUACUUUGAGAACGAGGGCCGGGAGCGCGCGGUGGAGCCGUACUUCCUGCCCAUCGCCGAGGAGGCCGACAUCCGCGAGGACGACAACAUCGCCAUCAUCGACGUGCCCGUGCCCAAGUUCUCCGACAGCGACCCCGCCGCCAUCGUGCACGACUUCGACAGGCUUUUGACAGCGUAUCUCGACCUGCAGCUGGGGAACUGCUACGUGAUCCCGCUGAACACUUCCAUAGUCAUGCCUCCAAGGAAUCUGAUGGAUCUCUUCGCCAAGCUGGCGACUGGCUCUUACCUGCCCCAGACGUACCUGGUGCGUGAGGAGAUGGUGGUUACAGAGGAGAUCGAUAACGUCUCUGACCUGGGCAUCUUCAUCUACCAGCUCUGUGUGGGAAAAGAGACCUUCAGGCUUCAGCGCAGAGACCAAAUCACGGGUGUGCAGAAACGGGCAGCGGAGAACUGUCACUCAAUCAGACACUUUGAAAACUCCUUCGUGGUCGAGACAAAGAUCUGUCAGCAGUGAAAGGUGACAGAUGGCAGGUGACCAGGUCACACCUUCUCGGAGAAGUCAGCAUUAGACGUCGACUUCUGCAAUUAAACCGUGCAGUGAUAAUCAAAAGCCUUAUGCAUUUUCUGUGUAUUGCUUGUAUUUCAGAAGACAAAGUCACCAUUUCAGCUUUCGUUGAUCCUUGGUAUAACUUUUUAGUUGUCUCAUGUAAAACUUAAAUUUGAGUAAGGUUUUUUUAGAAGGCUAAUAUCAGUUUAUCUGUUGAAUGUGUUUGAUUUAGUGUAAUCUGGGAAUGGCAGAAAAAUAUAUAUAUAUAAAAAUGUUAACCAGUUCCUUGGCUGGAACCAGUUAUGUUCACCUUAACUUUCACAGAAUGAUUAAUAUUAAUAAUCUGUGGUUUGCACAUCUUGUGUAGUUCUGUAGAAUAGCUCUGCACUCCGUAUCCUGGCUCAAAAACCUUCCUGAUCUGGCUCAUUAAAGGUUUAUUUUAACGACCAUGUGUGCAGCAUGUAAAACCCAAGCUCAGUGAUCAGAAACCUUUAA